ACAGGGGCGGACUACCAUGAGGCUCGGCGAGGCCGCCAAAUACAGGGGAGGGGGCUGUGGCCCCGGGCAUCUCAACGGGCUUUGGUGGGCAUCUCUGAGCCCCUCCCAGAUGACCAAGCUUCUCUAAGGUAGACCCCAGGAAACCUGCAGGGGAAACUCCUUUCACUCACUUGUAUCCACGAUCUUGUUCUUUUGGUCAUGACCCACGGCUUGGGACCAUAGGUGAGGGAAGGAACCUAGAAAGAUCCGCCCAUGGUCCUAUAUGAAUGAAAUUGACUUAAUUGAUUUCAAGCGCUGGUUUUAGACUAAAGGAAAUGAUCUCAUGUUGGUGCGAUCAGUGAGCAGAACGAGCAACUACAUCCUGUGUCUUUGCAGCCUUAGCUCACUUCCUGAAAGUGAGACCGAAAGCGCGCUGCGAGCGUCGUGUGAGUCAAAAUAUAAGCUAUUAAACGGGCAGAGGAGCUUUCUGGGAAGGUUGCACGAUAUCUUGGUUCAACUGCAACGAAGAUGAGCCCUCGAUUCUUCUUCCUCGUUUUAGCGGCAGCUUCUGUAUGCCGAGGACAAAACCAAACCGCAACAUCGAGGAACCGCACGUCAGAUGCUCUCUCUACGUUGGGGACCCCCCCCAUGGACACCUCAACCCCAACGGCGCUGUACCAUCACAACCGGACGUCCCCAAAUCAACCCGGUGUGCCGUCAACUGCAACGGCACAAACAGCCGGGACCGAAGGACCAACCACAACAGUGAGCCACGAACUCCAUGAUCCCAGUGAGCGGAAGCCCACAACGCCAGCGGAGGAGGACCUGGUUUCCACAACAGCUCCGAGUGUCACAACAGCGGCGGCACCCGUGGGCGGCCAUGAUUCCUGGGGUUACAUCCUCCUGGUGCUGCUGCUCCUGGUGAUCAUCAUCCUUCUCGUCAUCCUCUACCUGCUGAGGAAGGCGUCCCGGACGUACUCGUUUGACCUCCAACGUCCGGCUCCUGGCAAUCACGGGGGGGGGCCUGCAGGCGACUUUGAGGCCUUCUCCCUGGAUAACCAAGGCCAAGCGACUCCCUGUGACCGUUCCACAUCUCCAGCGGCCAACGGCACGGCUCCACAAUCAGAGGAGCACGCACCGCAAGAGGCGGCGCACGUAAACCACUCGAAGGCUUCCGACAUCGGAGACUCCUACCCGGCGAUCCUCGACGACUCGCUCGAGAAGUCUGAUCCAUCGGACGCCGCUCAGGAGGAGCGUGACAAAGCUGACAGCAGCCCACCUGGUUCCAGCGGCUUGUUAGCUGAAAAGGACCUGAAUGAGCCAUUGCGGUUGAAACCGCUCUUCGCUUCCCCAGGAACUUCCUCGUCCUCCUCUUCUGCUUCCUAUUUGGACUGAGCUUUGAGGAGGCUUUUCAUUCAUCUGUCUAUGCCAGCGACAUAUAGUGACAAGGGGAACAUUUAAAUGCUUUUCCACUAGAAGGUACAACUGAUCUACCUGUUGCCAGUCAUACAACAGAAUAAUAGCUUUGUGUUUAAUGAAACGGGCCCAGAUUUCACACUCAGUAAUAAAUUUGAGUCAAACAAGACAAUAUCAUCGUUACAUCAGUAUGUGGGGGUUUUGUCACGUGCCGUGAUAUUUGGCUCAAUAAAGGUUGGAAAACACUUCUCUUUUGUUUUAUAUUACAGUAAACGAUUUCAAAGGGACUCUGUUAGUUAG